AUGUCAGCUCGGUCAUGUGAUCAGCUGUGCCCAAUCACAGCUGAUCGCAUGAGAGCCGGUAAUCUGCAUCCCUCAGAGGGGACAUGUACACUGAUCAUCAGGGCACUGAUGAUCAGUGUAGCCCCAGCAGUGCCACUUGUCAGUGUCCAUGAGUGCCAGCUGUCAGUGCUCAUCAGUGCCACUUGCCAUCAAUGCCACAUAUCAGUGCCCAUCUGAGCUGCUUUCAGUGUCACCCAUCAAUGCCAGUCAGUGCCACCUAUCAGUGCUGCAAAUCAGUACCACCUCUCAGUGCCAGUCAGUGCCGCAUAUCAAUGCCGCCCA